AUUGCAUCUCGUUAGCAGUUGAGGUGAAGUUGGAUUCUUCAACAUUAUCAGUAAAAAUAUCCGCCGACAGCCGUCCGUGCUGCUCCAGAUGAAGACAGACGGGUAGGUGAAGACCCAGAAGGCGCCAUGGAUGCAGUGCAGGCUUUUAACGCGGAGAUGGUGUCCAUGAUGGACAUGAAGCCGCCAAUUUCCCGAGCAAAGAUGAUGUCCAUCACAAAAGCAGGGAUAAAAGCUAUCAAGCUUUAUAAACACGUCGUCCAAAUAAUUGAGAAGUUCAUCAAGAGGUGUGGUCCAGAGCUGAAGGUCCCCGGCCUGUAUGUGGUGGACUCCAUCAUCAGGCAGUCUCGGCAUCAGUUUGGAGAAGAUAAAGACGUUUUUGGUCCGAGGUUUCUGAAGAACAUCUCCGAGACCUUCCACAGCCUCUACCAAUGUCCUCCUGAUGAUAAGACGAAGAUCUUGCGGGUGUUGAAUCUGUGGCAGAAGAACUCUGUGUUUGGUAUGGACGUCAUUCAGCCCCUGCUGGACAUGGCUUCAGCUCCACUCUUACCUGUUCUGGAGAACGGCAGGACGCUGGGAGGGUCUCCAGCUGCUGAGAUACCUGCCCAACCGCCCUCUGCCUCCAUCCCCGUCACUCUGGACCAGCCCAUCAGUACCGGAGUCCUUCCAGAAACUCAGAUCUCAGCCACUUUUCCUCAGCUCCAGAACCCGGCGGCUCUCCCACAGCUCCAGAUUCCCCGCCGCUCUCCCACAGCUCCAGAUCCCGGCGGCUCUCCCUCAGCUCCAGAACCCGGCGGCUCUCCAUCAGCUCCAGAACCCGGCGGCUCUCCCACACCUCCAGAACCCCACCCCUCUCCCACACCUCCAGAACCCGGCGGCUCUCUCUCACCCCAGAACCCCACUGCUCUCCCACACCUCCAGAACCCGGCGGCUCUCCCACACCUCCAGAACCCGGCGGCUCUCCCACACCUCCAGAACCCGGCGGCUCUCCCUCAGCUCCAGAACCCCGUCGCUUUCCCUCAGCACCAGAACCCUCCAGUGCUCACCGCUAUCGCUCAGUUUUUACAGUCCAGUCAAGGCCUCGAUCUCCAGCAGGUUCUGCAGACUCUCCAGCAGAGCAGUGCUAACGCCCAGCCGGCUGCCCAGAGCGCUGCUCCCUCUCAGCCGAACAGCACAAUCGCAAAGGUUUUGCUGGACCGGUUCGAUUAUGAUGAGGAACCAGAUGUGGAAGAACCAAAACAGGAGGAAACGACUCCAGCUGUAAACCUCAUGGAUCUGCAGCAGGCUUUACAGGCUCACCUUUUCGGUCAACUAUCAAGCCAGGUGCUUCCGAACGUGCAGGCAGCGCUGCAGGCAGUGGGUUCUCAGUCGGUUCCUGGUUCGGCGCAGGCCGCGGGACAGCCUCGCCCUGACCUCCAGCCGUCCGGCCCCUUCGAGAUCCCUCGGAACGAAAACCACGGCCACGUCAGCGCACAGCCCCAGGAUGUGCUAAUGGAGUCCAGCCAGUCCAGGAGAGAUGAUCGGGAUGGGAGAUACAACAGGCGAUCGAGGUCGAGGUCUCCUCGGAGACGCUCGUCGUCCCGUACGCGGAGGUCCCGCUCCGGCUCACGUUCUCAUCGCUCGAGGUUCCGGCGCUCGCGGUCUCGGUCCAGAGAGCGCUGGAGGGGGUCGCCGAGGUCACGCACUGAGGACCGGAGGGAGAGAGAGAGGAAACAUAAGGGUCUCCCGCCCAUCAGGAGAGAGACGCUCAGCGUUUGCACCACAACACUGUGGAUCGGUCAGCUGGAUAAGAAAACACAGCAGCAGGACAUCAGCAGCCUGAUGGAGGAAUUCGGACAGAUCGAAUCUAUAAACAUGAUUCCUCCUCGAGGCUGUGCCUACAUCGUCAUGGUGCACAGACAGGACGCCUCCACAGCCCUGAACAAGCUCAGCAGAGGCAGCGCCAGAAUCAACCACAAGCCCUUCAAGAUUGCCUGGGCGCUGAACAAAGGCGUGAGCUCGCGGUUUAAGAAGUACUGGGACGUGGAGCUGGGAGUCACCUACGUCCCCUGGAGUAAGCUGAAGCCUGCGGAGAUCCCGGCUCUGAGAGACGGAGGCAUGCUGGACCAGGACACCUUCAAUCCAGAGUGGGCGUCGGUGCUGGAGGACCUGCUUAGAGCCGUUGAAGAUAAAGGAUGUAACCCCGAAGGAGAACCGAGCGAUGGAGCUGCCGUCGCCUUGGCUGGGCCUCAGGUACCUGCAGUGAGUGUCGAUGUGGCCGGGUCUCCUGCUGCCAUCACCCCCACCAUGAUCAGCCCCCCGCACACUCAUGCAGCAGACAAGCUGGAGGCCCCUUCAGCAGAACCCUGUGAAGGUCCUGUGAGCCAGAUGGACUCCCCUGAAGCCCCUGUGACCAGCAGCCUGCCUGCUGGAACCCUUCCUGGACCUCUGCAACAUCCUCCGGGACCCCUUCCUCCAUUCAUUCACCCAUUCCCAAACAACGUGCGUCCAAACAUGCCUCCAGUAAACAUGCCCCGUCCAAACAUUCCUCGUCCAAACGCACCCCAUCCCAAUGCGCCCCAUCCAAAUGUGCCUCACCCAAAUAUGCCCCCGAUGCACAUGGCACAGCCAACGAUGCCCCAGGGCCCCAUGUUUAGAGAGAGACCCCCUGGACCUCCUGGACCCCCUGGACCCAUGGGACCCCGUGGACCACGGGGACCCCCAGGCAGGUUCCGGAUGCCCAUGCCUGGGCCACACGAAGACUUUCCACCCCCAGGUCCUAUGGAGGGGGACCACUGGAACCGUGCCCCACUCAGGAACGACUGGAGACACUCUGGGCCAAACAGGGGUCCUGAAUGGUUCGAGGAAGGGCCACCGCCAUUUAGGCGUGGUGGGUGGGCCCGGGGCGGCCCCCGGGGACGUGGUCACUUUGCUAACUGACCACCUGUCUCAAAGUCUCCCAGACAUUUGAAGUUAGGUCUCAGUGAACCUUUCAAAACUGUGUCUACAGAAAUAAACGUGUCAUAAGAGGUCACGUGUGUCGAUAAACGUGAUCCCAAAGGUCAGUUUCCACGUUUUUCUACUUGUCCACUGACUGUAUCCAGUAAAUUAGGUCUCGGUCAACUUUAUGAGAUUGUCGACAUUUCAUUGCUAGUGAAAUAAGUGUGUCAUCCUGAGGUCACGUGUGUCAUUGUGAACCUGUCAUUGGCACACGUGACCUCAGAGUGAUAGGUGGAAAAAUCUGCUUUGGAAACUGACCUUUAACCCUCAAACUCUGUCUCACACACUUGAAGCUGGGUGGCUUGAAGUUGCUGCAGAAGCUGCUGUAAAAAUAUUAUUAAAAUGGAAUUAGCUGAGUUGUUCUGAAAUCACGUGUGCCAAUGAACGUUACUGGUGGUCAGAGGUCAGUUUCCAGGUUCCUCUGCUUGUCCAAAGACUCCCACAGACUGUUAGUUUCAUGUUUGUACUUUGAAAGGCUGUGUAAACGUCAUUGCUGUGCAAAGGAGUGUGUUGUUUUGAGGUCACAUGUGCUGAUGAACGUGAUUGUGGGGGUCAAAGGGAUGGGCAGGGGCUCGAAACUGGCUCAAAGUUUCGGGCAAAAUGGAGAAGUUGCUGUAGAAAUAUAAUUGCUGUGGAGACAAGUGUGAAAAGGUCACGUGUGCCAACAAAUGUGAGGACACGCAGAAGAAUCUGCUCAUAGCGGAAACUGACUGUUAAUGUGCAAAAACAGCUCCAGAGACUUGUAAGUGGGUUGAAGUGAGUCCAAAUUUGGUCAUUUAAAUUAAAUUUAACGCUAUUCUGAGGUCACGUGCGCCAAUGAACAUGUUUAUGGCACACGUGACCUCACAUCAAAACCGUAUUUUUCUAGUAUUUUGAAAAAAAACUUUUGCAACUUUUGGCCUCCGAUAACCAGCCCAGAGACUGCUGACAUGAAGUUAGGACAACUUAGGGGACGUCUCUGUAGAACUUCCAUGGAUACGCAGUUGUCAUUCUGAGGUCACGUGUGCCAGUCACCAUGAUUCGACAGGUAGAAAUAUCUGCCGGCUUUGGACACGGGUCCCUAAAGAAUCCCAGAGACUUGAACCCAGCUUACAUUUAGGGUGUGAUGAAGAACUUGGUGUGGAAACGUCAUCGCUUUGGAAAAAACGUGUGAAAUUCUGAGGUCACGUGUGCCGACUUGUUUGGUAGAACAACAAAAAAAGACUCUUAUUUUGGUUAUAUGUUCUUUGUUCAAACACGUGACCUUUUAAACUUAUAUUUGCGGAUGAUUUUUCUAAUUUUUAAGUCAGAAAACUUUCUUUUUUUUUGUGUUGUUUUUCUUAAAUAAGUCAUUGUCAGAUGCACUUUUCAUAAUUUUUAAACAUCUUUUGGGCAAAUCCUGGCACUCAAGACUUUAUAUUGACCCUGUAAAGGUUGACCAUGUGCUGUGUCCACUGAAACCUGCCCAGUCCACGAUGAAAAAGUGUUCUGAAAUGGAGGAAACAUUUCUGCUCACAAGCUAAUACUGUUUUUGAGGUUGUAUAUUUUGGGGUUGCAUGUUUAUAUUUACUUUACCCGACUGUUGGGAAGGAGGAGGAUCCGGGAAAGCUUGCCUGCUUGGAUCGGAAAAGCCAUUUGCUUUUUGAUCGGUCAGCAGGUUCUCCUCCUGUGAGCUCGCUGUUGAUUUUAGUAAACUAUUUUUCUACUAA